ACGCGGGCCUGCGAGCCCCCCUCCGGGGUUGUGCUUUCGAGCGGAGCGAGCGAGAGACGUUACCCGCAGUGCGCAAUAGCGAGACGCUCGCUCCUCCUCCUGCCGCCACCAACCACCCAAAGCCUUCCCCUCCCCGCUGCUGUCGAGGCGACGGCAAUAGCGGCCCACCCUGCCACCUUUGUCAAUAGCGAGACCCCCCCCCACUCCCACCACCAAUAGCGGGACCCCCCCCCCCCCCCCCCGAGGGGACAAACGGUGGCGAUAGCUCGACCCCCGCCAGCCACUGGGGAGGCGGCGAGAGCGCGACCCACCCCCCCCCAUAUCCCCCGCCGCCCGGCAGGAAUUGCGCGGCGAGCGUGAGGCGUGGGGGCCGCCGAUUUUAACCGCGAAUUUUAUGAGGGAAUUUAAAAUAAAAAAAGCAACGCAUCGCUUCGGCUUUGUUUAUAUAAAUCUACACGUCUAUUUUAGGGUGAUCACUCGCGCGUGUUUUUUUUUAAAUGUGCGUAGUUUUAUUGCUCUUUUCAUAUUAACACCGACGGCUGCUUGGCGGUGCGCGUGUAAAUGGCGAGCGGAAUUAACCAGAACCCCGUGCCCAAGCUGUACCGCUCGGUGAUGGAGGACGUGAUUAACAACGUUCGGGAGGUGUUUCUGGACGAGGGAGUGGAGGAGCAGGUGCUGCAGGAGCUCAAACAGAUCUGGGAGAGCAAACUGCAGCAGGCGAAGACGGUGGACGGCUUCCACUCGGAGGAGCAGCUGCUGCUGCAGGCGGCCCAGGGGCAGCAGGGGAAGGGCACGGCCCUGCAGAAACAACCCCACGUCAUCCAGAUCCCUAACAUCCCAGCUGGAGCUCAGAUCGUGGUACAAGAUGGACGCUCCAUUCAGCACAUCUCAACAGCGAACAUGACGGCAUCCGCAACAGCAGCAACCAUGGCUCUGCCGCAGGGCAUGGUUCCGCCUUACCAGAUUACAGGGGGACUGCCCGGCCAAAUGAUCCAGGCAUACAAGCACGUGAUGGUGACACCGCAGGGCCAGCAGAUCAUCCUGCAGCAGCCGACCACCAUGCUGGCAUCAGUCGGAGGGCAGCAGCUGCUGGUGCAGACGAGCCAGGCGGGGUCGAGUGGCACCGUCGGCCAGCCUGGCGGAGCGGCCAGCCAGGGCACGGUCAUCCAGCAGGGCCAGGGCACGCAACACGUGCUGACCCAGCUGGGCACAGGGACACUUCCCCCGGGCGUGGUGCUGCAGCACGCCGCACCACAGCACCAGGUGGUGCUGGGAAAGCCGCCCUCCUCAACCGCCUCGGCUGCGACGACGAGUGGGGGCUCGGGGUCGACGGGGCCGUCACCGCUCGUCAUCCAGGUGGAUGGCGCCGGGGACACGUCGUCGGACGAGGACGAGGAUGACGCCAACGACGACGACAAGGACAAGGACGACGAGCUGGGGGACGAGGACGACGCCGUCGAGGAGGACCCCUUGAACUCGGAGGACGACGUGAGCGAGGACGACCCCUCGGACCUCUUCGACACCGACAACGUGGUGGUGUGUCAGUACGACAAGAUUCACAGAAGCAAAAACCGAUGGAAGUUCCACCUCAAGGAUGGCAUCAUGAACCUCAACGGCAAGGAUUACGUUUUCUCCAAAGCGGUCGGAGAUGCCGAGUGGUAGGGCGGGAUUUGGAGCUGCGUGCGGUGCGUUUGUGUCAAGUGACCGGGUUCGACAGCGGGGGAACGGAGGGACAGAGGGAUGAGGGAGGCCCAAGGGGCGUGUGCUGUGAUGCCGCCCAUGGGCUCAGUGCAGCAGCAGCAGCGGCAUCGACAGCAGCGGCAGCAGCGGCGGCGGUGGCGAGGGCUUGUGGAGCUUCGAGUCACCGUGUCUCUGAUACGCGGGCCUCCCCGACGCUUUCGUGUGCGACACUGCCGGCUGCGUGGACGCUGGAAGGUGGGGCUGAGAGGCACGAGUUUUUUUACAUGAGGCCUCAUUGAUCGAGAGCCCGAAAUCGACCAAACGAGAGGUGGGGGGGGUGGGGGGAUGGAGGGGUGGGGGGGGGAGUGUGACAGGGGAAACGGGGGUAGGGAGAGGAUGCCGGUUUUACUCUCGGCAGCCAAGGAGGCAGUGUGUGCAGACGCGGCUUUGUAUAUUGUGUCCGGUCACUGUUCAGUCAUGUUCAUUAUUGUAAUGUUUCUUUAUUUAUGUAUAUAUUUGGCUUCAGUUUUAAUUUGGGUAUCUAGUCAGUGCAGUGCUUAGAGAAAAGACAAAGACAAAGCAUAUCUUUUUUGAGUCAGUUGGUGGUUCUUAGCCACUCAUGGAAAUUAUUUCCUAUACUUGGAGCCAGGCUUCUGUACCACAACUACUGUCGUUUGUGUCACAGUGGUUCUGAUGGGAGCCAGGCUUCCGUAACACAAUUAUUGUCAUUUUGCCACAGUGGUUUCUGAUGGGAGCCAAGCAUCUGUAACACAACUACUGUCGUUUUUGUCACAGUGGUUCUGAUUUUAUUGGUUAUGGGAGGUGCACAAAAGGCCGAGUUACUUACCGAGUGACAUUUUAAUUGAUAGUUUCUGAUUGUUAGCCCCCUGACCACUGCACCACUUGUUUGAGUAAAGUGCACAUUCAUAUUAUAUGUUCAUGCCAAAUGGGGUAGAUGAAGUCAGUUUGUUUGAAAAUAAAAUAUGUUUUUACUCCGUAUUAAAA